AUGAGAACCAAUCGAGGGGGAAUGUGCCCUAUCUGGAGAUUGCAACCAACAAAUACUGGUCAAGGUAGUGGAUACUGGGCAGUCGGAGAAGUUUCAAUUUCUGUGGGCUAUUGUUGGGUAGUUGGAGUCAAGGCGCUGGUUAUUGGGCAGUCGGAGAAGUUGUUUGUGGUUUUGUUGCUUGCUGUUUUGGUUUCGGUGAGGUUGUUGCUGGUUGUUUUGCUUUUGCAGUCCUAUGAUGGUUGUUUGGACUGGUUGGUAUGGGCAGUCGGUGGCUUUCGAUGGUUGUUUUUGGCUGGGCAGUCGGUGGCUUGCGCUGGUUGCGAUGAUUGGUUGACUGGUUUACAGUUUGUGGUUUUGGUUUGCUGA